AUGUCGCCAACGAUCAAUCCAUGGCAUCGCUCACCAGCGGAAACUUCCACUGCUCUUCACCAGCUGGAAAAGCGGCACCCACCUCCACCACUGCCGGGAAACGACACUUGGUACGCUGCACCUGAUAAUCUCACGUCGGUCCCACCCGGCGGAAUUCUAAAAUGGCGUCCUGCUCCAAGACCGUUGUCUCUAGACAACGUAGUUGCCAUUCCAGUGAAAGAAAUGUAUCAGAUUCAGUACCGGACUCAGAAUGCUGCAGGUACACCGAUUGCAAACGUGCUUACGGCCAUUAUUCCCGAAUCCCCCAAUUUCAAUCAUUUAUUCUCUUAUAUAUAUUUCUCAGACACGCCUUGUCCGAACUACAAUCCCUCGCUCGAGAUGACAUUGCGACCAUGCUAUCCCAUGCUCUUUACGAAGGAGCAGAUUGGCCCGCUUGUCGAGGCUCUUGAUCAGGGUUGGAUAGUCGCCGUGCCUGACGACAAUGGACCUGAAGCUAGUUUUCCUUCGGGCCCUACUAUGGCAUAUACGACACUUGAUAGCAUGCGUGCGAUGCUACAGUCGGAGCAUAUUACUGGAUUAUCAUCUAACGCGAUUAUCACAUUGAACGGCUACUCGGGGGGCGGAAUUUCUGCCGCAUGGACGGGAGAACUACAUCCUGUUUAUGCUCCAGAGCUUGACAUAGCCGGAAUCGCACUUGGAGGCUUAGUUCCCAACUUUACAUAUCUUUCUGAAUUCAUCAGAGAAGGGACUGGAUACUUUGCUUGGGGCCCGAUCACACUUGUUGGCCUUUCUCACGACUAUCCUCAACUAUCAAGCUGGCUCGAUGAAAAUUUGAUCCCGGAAAAAGCAGCCGACUUUUGGCUGGCGGAGACACUAAGCAUUCAGGGAAUCGCAGACAAAUAUACGACGAUCCCGACUUGCAGUUACUUUACACGCGGAUGCGACGCAUGGAGUGAUGAGAUUCCCUCCUCCAUCUUGUACAACUCAACAACGAUGGGCAUACACUCGACGCCAAAGGCUCCUUGGUAUCUGUAUGAGACAGCUGCAGAUGAAGUAUCCCCAAUAAAUCUCACUCGCGCCCUGUACGAGAAAUACUGUGCGCAAGGUGCCACUAUCUACUAUGAAGAGUCUCAACUGGGUCUAGCGCAUGCGACAGAGUCUGUAGUUAACUUCCCUGGUGCCUUUGAGUGGAUGAAAGAGAGGCACGCAGGUGUGCCAGUUAGUCCCGGUUGCAAGAAGGUGGACGUGUCUAUUCCCACACUCAUGUCCGGUUGGCCAAUUUCAAUUUUGGAACCAGUAAUCGAUACUUUGAUUGCGGAAUUCGACGGUGCGCUUAGUCCAAAAUGGACUGUGAUUUGA